AUGAGCACGGGUACGAAUGCUCCUUACAACCCCUUCUCCGAUAUACCCGGCUCUACAGAGCCUUACCCCGCGUGGUCGUCGGACCGCGAUGUGCCAAUGUCUACGGAGGAGAUUGAAGAUAUCUUCCUUGACCUUGCUCAGAAAUUCGGCUUCCAGCGCGACUCAAUGCGCAACAUGUUCGACUUCCUCAUGCAGCUUCUCGACUCGCGCGCGUCGCGUAUGUCUCCCAACCAGGCGCUGAUUACCGUUCAUGCGGACUAUAUCGGUGGUCAACAUGCCAACUACCGCAAAUGGUACUUUGCUGCGCAGCUCAACCUCGAUGAUGCUGUGGGACAGUCGCAAAACCCUGGUCUGCAGCGGCUGCGCAGUAUCAAGGGCAAUGUACAGACGGCGAGCACCAAGUCUCUCGACAGCGCGCUCAAUCGCUGGCGCAAUGCGAUGCACAACAUGAGCCAGUACGAUCGCUUGCGGCAAGUUGCGCUCUGGUUGUUGUGCUGGGCCGAGGCGGGAAACGUGCGCUUCACGCCCGAGUGCUUGUGCUUCAUCUUCAAGUGCGCGGACGACUACUAUAGAAGUCCGGAUUGCCAGAAUAGGGUUGACCCUGUACCCGAAGGACUUUACCUCGAGAGCGCCAUUAAGCCGCUCUAUCGCUUCAUGCGCGAUCAGGGGUACGAGGUGGUCGACGGCAAGUUCGUGCGAAGAGAAAAGGAUCAUCAUGAAAUCAUUGGUUAUGACGAUAUCAACCAAUUGUUCUGGUACCCCGAGGGUCUUGCAAAGAUCGUCUUGAACGAUGGGACUCGAUUGCUUGACAUUGCUCCUCCUCAGCGCUUCAUGAAGUUUGGCAACAUCGCGUGGAACCGCGUCUUCUUUAAGACUUUCUUCGAGAAGCGUUCGCUGGCCCACCUUCUCAUCAACUUCAAUCGAAUCUGGAUUCUGCACGUUGCGGUUUAUUUCUUCUACACGGCUUUCAACUCUCCUCGAGUGUACGCGCCCGCGAACAAGACAAAUCCUUCGGCAGCCAUGACAUGGUCGGCUACCGCGCUGGGAGGUGCUGUUGCGACGCUCAUCAUGAUUGCUGCAACGCUAGCCGAAUUCUCGUUCACCCCUACUACAUGGAACAACGCGUCGCACCUAACGACUCGACUUAUCUUCCUCCUGAUCGUCCUUGCGCUCACUGGUGGACCAACUGUCUACAUUGCCAUCGUUGACGACUCGAAAUCCAACAUACCGCUCAUCAUCGGUAUCGUGCAAUUCUUCGUGUCCGUCGUCGCUACUCUCGCCUUUGGUAUCAUCCCGUCUGGCCGUAUGUUCGGUGACCGCGUGGCGAGCAAAUCACGAAAGUACAUGGCAUCGCAGACGUUUACCGCAUCGUAUCCUGAAUUGGGCGGGAGUGCGCGUUUCGGUUCCGUCUUGAUCUGGUUCCUCAUCUUUGGCUGCAAGUUCGUCGAGUCCUACUUCUUCCUGACCAACUCAUUCAGUCAGCCAAUUGCCGUCAUGGCACGUACAAAGGUCCAACGGUGCAGUGACAAGUUCUUUGGCAGCGCACUUUGCUCGAACCAGAUGCCCUUUGCGCUCGCCAUAAUGUACGUGAUGGACUUGGUGCUGUUCUUCCUGGAUACGUAUCUCUGGUACAUUGUCUGGGUGGUCGUCUUCUCUGUCUGUCGGUCAUUCUACCUUGGCUUGUCCAUUUGGACACCCUGGAAGGAAGUCUACACUCGAAUGCCGAAGAGGAUUUACGCAAAAUUGCUUGCUACGUCCGAGAUGGAGGUGAAGUACAAACCGAAGGUUCUUGUCUCGCAAGUGUGGAAUGCUGUCAUUAUUUCUAUGUACCGCGAACACCUUCUCUCUAUCCACCACGUCCAGCGCCUGCUUUAUCACCAGGUGGACGGUCCCGAGGGCCGUCGUGUCCUCCGUGCUCCGCCUUUCUUCACGCACAACACCGGUAGAGAGAGCGAUUUCUUCCCAGCAGGCGGAGAAGCCGAGAGACGUAUCUCAUUCUUCGCGUCGUCCCUAACUACUGCGUUCCCCGACCCACUUCCUGUCGAGUCGAUGCCGACGUUUACGGUGUUGGUUCCGCACUAUUCCGAGAAGAUCCUCUUGAGCUUGCGCGAGAUCAUUAGGGAGGAAGAUCAGAACACGCGUGUCACGCUCCUGGAGUAUCUCAAACAGCUUCAUCCUGUCGAAUGGGACAACUUCGUGAAGGACACCAAAAUCCUCGCCGAGGAGACCUCUGCGACGAACUCUUUCGACGGCGGUGAUCACCACGAGAAGCAUGACAGCCGCGCGGAUGACUUGCCGUUCUACUGUAUUGGCUUUAAGACAUCGGCUCCAGAAUACACCCUGCGCACGCGUAUUUGGGCGUCGCUCCGAGCCCAGACACUCUAUCGUACCGUGUCAGGUAUGAUGAAUUAUUCGAAGGCCAUCAAGCUGCUGUACCGUGUCGAGAACCCGCAGAUCGUCCAGAGGUUUGCCGGUAAUACCGACAGGCUCGAACGCGAACUGGAGCGCAUGUCAAGACGCAAGUUCAAGUUCACCGUUUCCAUGCAGCGGUACUCCAAGUUUAACAAGGAGGAGUUAGAAAAUGCCGAAUUCCUGCUGCGUGCCUAUCCGGAUUUGCAGAUCGCGUACUUGGACGAGGAACCGGGUCAGAAGGGUAGUGAUCCCAGGCUCUUCUCUGUCCUGAUCGACGGUCACUCUGAAUUUGAUGAGAAAGGGAAGAGGAAGCCCAAGUUCCGCGUGGAACUUCCUGGUAAUCCCAUUCUCGGUGACGGCAAAUCGGACAACCAGAACCACGCGAUCGUCUUUUACCGUGGCGAAUACCUGCAGCUCAUCGACGCCAAUCAGGACAACUACCUGGAAGAAUGUAUCAAGAUACGGAACAUUUUGGGCGAAUUUGAGCAAUACACAAUCUCGGGCCAGUCUCCGUACGCCCAAUGGGGCCACAAGGAGUUCAAGAAGUCUCCGGUUGCCAUCGUCGGUACCCGCGAGUACAUCUUCUCAGAGAACAUCGGUGUGCUUGGAGAUAUUGCUGCGGGUAAAGAGCAGACGUUCGGUACGAUGACGCCGCGUGUGCUGGCUUGGAUUGGCGGCAAACUGCACUACGGUCACCCGGAUUUCCUUAACGCGACAUUCAUGACUACGAGGGGAGGUGUCUCGAAGGCCCAGAAAGGUCUUCAUCUCAACGAGGAUAUCUUCGCUGGUAUGACUGCGAUCAGCCGCGGUGGACGCAUCAAGCACUCAGAGUACUACCAGUGCGGCAAAGGUCGUGAUCUUGGAUUCGGUACCAUCCUGAACUUCCAGACGAAGCUCGGUACCGGUAUGGGUGAGCAGAUGUUGAGUCGAGAGUACUAUUACUUGGGCACGCAGCUCCCGCUGGACCGAUUCCUUACGUUCUACUAUGGGCAUCCUGGUUUCCACAUCAACAAUAUCUUAGUCAUCUACUCCAUCCAGAUCUUCAUGGUCACUCUGCUAUACCUCGGUACACUGAACAAAGAACUCGCGAUCUGCCCCGUCGACUCUGCGGGUAAUGUGAUUCAACAGUCAGGCUGCUACAACCUGAUGCCGGUCUUCGACUGGAUCAAGCGAUGCAUCGUCUCUAUUUUCCUGGUGUUCUUCAUUGCAUUCCUCCCCCUCUUCCUGCAAGAACUUCUCGAGCGAGGAACGGGCAUGGCGUUAAUCCGGCUGGGCAAGCAAUUCUUGUCCCUCUCGCCCAUCUUUGAGGUCUUUUCAACCAGGAUUUACUCUCAGUCGAUUCUCAGCAACUUGACGUUCGGUGGUGCUCGUUACAUCGCGACUGGUCGUGGUUUCGCCACAACGCGGAUGUCAUUCACCAUUCUCUACUCUCGAUUCGCAGGUCCGAGUAUCUACAUGGGAAUGCGCAAUAUCCUCCUACUCCUCUACGCCACUUUAUCCUUGUGGACGCCGUUCCUCAUCUACUUCUGGUUCUCGGUGCUGUCGAUGUGCAUCGCGCCGUUCGUGUUCAAUCCACAUCAGUUCUCCUUCCCCGAUUUCAUCAUUGAUUAUCGUGAAUUCCUUCGCUGGAUGUCCCGCGGUAACUCCAGACACAAAGCGAGCAGUUGGUACGGCUACUGCCGUCUCUCUCGGACUAUGAUUACUGGCUACAAGAAGAAGAAACUCGGACACCCGUCAGAGAAGCUGUCCGGAGAUGUUCCUCGUGCUAGGUGGAGGACCGUCCUCUUUUCGGAGGUCAUUUGGCCUAUUUGCCAGGCAAUUGUCUUCGUCAUUGCGUACAUGUUCGUCAAGUCUUUCCCGACGAAAGGCAAGGAGAACCCCAGUCCUCUCAUACGCAUUGCCGUGAUAUCUGUCGGUCCGGUUGUUUGGAAUGCGGCAAUGCUCCUGGGGCUGUUCUUCCUGUCCCUAUUCCUGGGACCCAUGAUGGCAUCGUGGACCAAGUUCGCCUCUAUCGUGGCCGCUCUCGCGCACUUCCUGUCUCUGUUGGGCCUGAUCGUGUUCUUCGAAUUCUUCUGGUUCCUAGAGCUUUGGGACGCUUCGCAUGCAGUGCUUGGUGUCAUUUCUAUCGUGGCCGUGCAACGCGCUAUUCAGAAGAUUCUGAUCUCUGUAUUCCUCUCACGAGAGUACAAGAGUGACGAGACGAACAUCGCUUGGUGGUCAGGAAAGUGGUAUGGCCGUGGCCUCGGAAGUUCUGCUUUCUCACAGCCGGCACGAGAAUAUGUCGUGAAGAUUGUCGAGAUGUCCCUUUGGAGCUCAGAUUUCCUUCUAGCGCACAUUCUCCUGAUCAUCAUGACUCCGCCAACUCUCAUUCCCUUCGUCGACAGGCUGCACUCGACGAUGAUGUUCUGGCUCCGACCGACGAAGCAAAUCCGUGCGCCGCUUUUCUCGACUAAACAGAAGCGACAGCGUCGCUGGAUUGUGGUGAAAUAUACGUUCGUCUACAUCAUCGUGGUGUCAGGCUUGGCCGCUCUGAUCGUUCUUCCUGUGGUCUUCCGGGACCGCAUUACACUGACCUGUAAAGUAUGCCAGAGCAUCUAAUGCUCCUUGUUCGCAUUGGUCCUCAGAUGGCGGAUUAGCACUGGCGCAUCUUUCGACAGACAUUCACUGUACAUUCGUAUAUUCAUCUGGUUUACGUGUAAUAUCAAUAGACAUCGCAUCCGGGAUUUCAUAAGACUCC